GUAGUGAUAAAAAAAGAAAUCCAUUGACAAAAAUCCAGCGGUUCACUACAGAGAUAAUUUCAUUGACUUUCUAUAUUUGCGUGACCUUCUCUCUUCAACCAGAAUUUUCGUAGUCUUUUGCCAUUUAAAGUCUUUUUUGCGAUUUAAGUUUUAAAGACUCAGUUCAAACUUGAAUGAGGCGUGAGUGUACCCUCCUGAGGAGUGGUAUUUGCUAUUUAGUUAAAAUAUAAUCUUCCAUUAAUUUAGAGUGGUAUUGGCUCCCAAAGGCCAUCAUCCUCCUAGUGAUCGUCGGUAGGACAUAGGGACGGUGAAUUUUUGUGUACAGCAGCAAAAAUGUAAGAUUUCUGUGGAUGCGAGGCUAGAGGUACGCUAACUUUACGGUUUAUCAAAGCGCACUGCCAAGAUAAAGAUCGGAAUUGCAUGAUAAAACGGAUAACCGAACAUCACAACAGUAUUUCAGUUUUAUCAAGCCAGUGAGUAAAACCAGUAAAGCCAACGCACGAAGCCAAGGUCGGCCCGCCCAUUGCAGACGCCAUCUCACUACAUUCCCUAAUAUUAACUCAUCAGUGGUGAGCGACUUCAACACCGUAGCACAUCGAAAAUGUCUGAUACUCUGGAAGGCCUGGAAUCACUCCUCCAAUCAUCUCUCGGAGGUAAUUACACGAUUGAAAAUCAGGUGAUAAAAGAUUUACUUCCGCCUGGUGAGAAUUAUGGGAGUAAAAUGAUGAGUCUGGACGUAACAUUAAAAAAUCACGACCAAGGGACAUGUCAAGAUCUGCAGUUGGUCGCAAAAUUGCUGCCAACGAAUAAAGAACAGCUAACAAUACUGGAUUUCUCAAUGACAUUCAAGAAAGAGAUUUUCAUGUACACAAAAUUGAUACCAUUUUAUCGUCAACUGGAAAUAGAAAACGGUGUGAAAGAGACGGAAACCCUUAAUUUUACUCCAAAAUGCUACGGAUCACGAUUAGGUAUAAAUCCCAAUAAUGAGUUUGACAGCAACGCUGUCCUCCUUCUGGAAAAUCUCAAACCGCUGGGGUAUUACUGCAUAGAAAGACGAGAGGGAUGUGACUUGGCCCAUGCAAAAUUAGCAGUGAAAGCGUUGGCUAAUUUUCAUGCCCUCGGGAUGGCAACAAAAGAGAAGCAUCCAGAGUUCUUCGAGGAACUGAAAGUCCGCGGUAAGUGCGUGGCUUUUGGAGAUCCCGAAAAAUUUAAAGAAAUGAUUGCCCGGAAUUUCAAAGAAAUCAGUGAAAAUCCUGAGACCAAAGAGUUUCGCGAGAGUCUCGUGGAUGUGAUGUCCAUUAAUCCAUUUGAAGCCUGGCAGACACCACCUUGUGAGCCCUGGUCAACAAUCAUCCAUUCAGACUUUUGGAGCAAUAAUUUGAUGUUCCAUAAUAACAGUGCUGGUGAGCCGGAUGACAUCAAGUUAGUUGACUUUCAAAACUUUCUAUUUAGCAGUCCUACGAAGGACCUUGCCUUCUUCGUCAGCUGUGGACUGGAUCACGAGGCUAAUGCUCAUGCCCAUGAACUCAUUGAUUUGUAUUACAAGACGCUCAUCGAACGUUUGGUCCUAUUGAAGUGCGAUAUUCAGCCGUAUUCACGAGACAGUUUUGACGAAAAAAUUCGAGAGGACGCGCGUCUGGAAUUCCUCCACGGUACGGGCCACUUGAAAAUUAGUACUAUGGAUAUGCCUAAGAUAGAGGAUAGUGAGAGUCUCCUCCAUGUACUGCAGACCGCUGACAAUAAUGAGAUUUAUAAGAGUAGAUUGAGGGAUAUGAUUCACAUGUACAGUAGAAAUGGGUGGCUGAAAUCAAGCAAAAAGAGUCAAUUCAGUGCUCUCAUUAUCACCACUAGAGCAAUAUCGUUCUUCAAAAUGACAACUCUAACACUGGAGAAUUUACAGUCUGUCCUGCAAUCAACUCUGGGUAGUCAGCUAAUAGUCAACAAUUACGAAAUGCAGGAUCUACUUCCACCUGGUGAAAAUUACGCAAGUAGAAUCGUCAGUCUCCAGGUUUCAGUCAAGAACAAAGAGCGAGAAAAUGAAGAUUUAUGUUUAGUGGGAAAAUUACCUCCACCAACUAGAGAGCAGCGAGAAACUUUUGACAGCCCGAGCACAUUUCGAAAGGAGAUCUUCAUGUAUUCUAAAAUUCUUCCUUUCUAUGGACAAUUGGAGAUUGACAGUGGUGUGAAGGAUCACGAAAUAGCUCCCAAAUACUAUGGCUCGAAAUUGGGGGAGCAUUCUGAUGAUUUCAGUGAAGACGCUGUCAUUCUCAUCGAAAAUCUGAAGCGAAAGGGGUAUUAUUGUGCUGACAGGAGAUAUGGCUGUGACUUGGUCCAGGCAAAAUUAACGGUGAAGAUGUUGGCGCGGUUUCAUGCUCUGGGAAUGGCAACGAAGGAAAAAGAUCCUGUGUUCUUCGAGACUCUCAAGGUUCAGGCUAAAUGCGUGGAGUUAGCGAAUCCAGAGGAAUGGGUCCCCAUCAUCUCAGAAAGAAUUCAGGACGUCGCGAAGGAUCCUGAGAUAAACAAGUACUUCGAGGCUUGUGUGAGGACUCUGCAGAAGGGCAACUACGAGGCCUGGCUAGCGACCCCAGAUGAACCCUGGUCCACGAUCAUCCACGCGGACUUCUGGGCUAACAACAUCAUGUACCGAGACGACAAUGACGGUGAGGUGGAGGACGUAAAACUCAUUGACUUCCAAAAUUACCUCCACCUGAGUCCUCUGAGGGAGUUAACUUUUUUUAUAACUUGCGGAUUGCGUCAUGAUACGCUAGAUCAUAUAGAUGAGCUAAUUGAUCUGUAUUAUGAGACUGUUAUUGAUCGGUUGAAGGCUCUGAACUGUGAUGUUGGACCUUACUCUCGAGAGACGUUUGACGAGAGAAUUCGUGAGGAUGCGGAAAUAGAGUUCUCGCAUGGCUUAAGUAUGAUUAAAAUUAUCACAUUGGAUGUGGAGGCGGGGGACCCGGAUUGCCACAAUGUCAAGAAAUUAAUGCAGUAUGGGAAGAGUAAUGAAGCUUAUCGGAGGAAGUUGAGAGAUUUGGUUGUAACUUACAGUAGGAGAGGAUGGUUGGGAGCAUAGUUUUUAUGACGAGAUAAAUUAAAUGAUUUUUCACGUGUAGAAAUCUUUAAUAGAUGUGGGGGGAAAUCUCUUGCGCUCAGAAUAAAAUAGAAAAUCGGUGAACAAUCACCUACUAAUUAAGAACAUAAUCAGUUCAGGUUGAUGAAAAAAAUCAGUCAACUUCGCAUUUUACCGCAUGUUUAGAUAAAUAAAAAUAUUUCUCUGUAGUUGAGGAAAUUAUCCAUCGAAAAUUCGGUGAUGAUCAAUCACAGUGUAAAUUUGUUAUUGACAAAAUAUUGUGAACACUACUGAAUAAAAGGUUGCAGAACAUUCCAAA